ACGCUUCUGCCCAUCGCUAGCGCUCUCUCUCUCUCUCUUUCUCUGGGUGGGGUUGGGAGGGCGAGACGCACGUGAGAAGGGCGUGACUGGGAUCGGGUCGUGGCAGCCGGGGAGGGGCGCUGGCGGCGGCGAUGACGAGGCGGUGCUCGCACUGCAGCAACAACGGGCACAACUCGCGCACGUGCCCGACGCGCGCGGGGGGAGUGCGGCUGUUUGGUGUACGGCUCACCGAGGGGGCGGGGUCCAUGAAGAAGAGCGCCAGCAUGAGCAGCCUCUACUCGGCCGGCUCCUCCGCCACCUGCGGCAGAGCCGGUGGCGGAGGCUCUCCCAACCCGGGAUCUCCGUCCAACGAUCCGCUCCCCCCUGCUGCCGCGGCCGGCUACGCCUCCGACAACGCCGCCCACGCCUCCUGCUCCAAUUGCCGCAGCGAGCGCAAGAAAGGUGUUCCUUGGACUGAAGAAGAGCAUCGGAUGUUCUUACUGGGUCUGCAGAAGCUGGGUAAAGGCGACUGGCGUGGGAUAGCUCGAAAUUUUGUCGUCUCCCGGACUCCAACACAGGUGGCCAGCCAUGCCCAGAAAUACUUCAUACGCCAGACAAAUACAUCAAGAAGGAAGAGACGCUCAAGCUUGUUUGACAUGGUCCCUGAUACUCCAACAGACCAGAUCCCAGUUCUUGAAGAACAGUUAAUGCACCAGUCUCCUCCUAACGAACCCGAGAACACAAACCAGCUGCCAGCUUUAAAUCUUGGUCAAAAUCAAGGACCUGAGCUUGCUAAACCCUUACCAAAUAACCCUCCUCAGGACCUCAAUGAAGGCAUACCAUGCAGCAACACACCGGUGCCAGUGUUCCCAUCGUUCUACCCUGCAUUCGUUCCUUUUCCAUACACAUUCUGGCCACCAGAUCUUGAUGCCUCUGCAACAGAAGAAGAGAUGGGUGAGACCCAUGAGAUCGUAAAGCCUAUGCCAGUCAUUCCCCCCAAGGAGCCGGUGAACACGGAUGAGGUCACAGGCAUGUCCAAUCUCAGCAUUGGCGAGCAUGUUGCUGGCCGCAUGGAACCAUCUGCUCUCUCUCUCAAGCUGCUAGGAGCCUCCACUUCAAGGCAGUCGGCCUUCCACCUGAAUCCAUCAAGCACUCGGCCUGAUCUUAACCAGAGUAGCAGCAAUGCAAUCCAUGCAGUUUAGGAAGAAAUUCAUGAGGAGUGGGAUCUAUCCGCAUUAUAUGUAUUCUUUCUCUUAUGUUACUGUUAAUUUAAUCUUCUUAUACAUUCAGGAUCGUUUCAUUCAUGUAUCAACCGCCAGUCGCAUCCAUAGUUUCAUGUUUUGGUUUGUAGCUGGACAGAAACUCGCAUUGAAUAAAUGACAUCCUUUGCUGCUA